GCUUCUGCUCGCACGCCUGCCCGGGUUUCAGGCUCAGCUACUGUACUUGGGGAAGGAGGAAGCUGGGGUAGAUAUUUGCAAGUCCAGGAGGGAAGGCUGUGCGCACAUCCAGCAGCUGGAGUGUGUUGUGGUAGCGGCUUUCCUGUUUCAACAGAAGAGGCAGAGCAACAAGAGAUAACAAAGGCUCCGUUUCCUUUCUGUGAGAGAAGGCUUUUGUCUUUCCUCCCGCAACGAUGUCAAUGUCUGGCAAGAAAGAGUUUGAUGUGAAACAGAUCCUACGGCUGCGCUGGAGGUGGUUCAGCCAUCCUUCUGCCGGCUCUCCCAGCCCUGGAAACUGCCUUCAGCAGGAAGGAUAUGAGCAUAGAGGGACCCCGGUUCAGGGCAGGUUGAAGAACCACUCUCGGGACAGAAAUGGACUGAAGAAAAGCAACAGUCCCGUCCACCACAACUUACUGGCGCCCGUGCCAGGGCCAGCCCCUGCCCAUCAGAGACCUCUCCAGAAUUGGCAUCCCCAGAACCUGAUAGAACACCUUCGGGCCAAUGAAGAUACUCCUAAAGCGGCUCCAGAGGAGAAUUUUGGCCAAAGAGCUUCGGAGAAACCCUCACGAGAUUUGGACGUGAUGGCUGAUGAUAGCCCAGAAGAUUCGCCGGCAAGAUUACAUACGCAGUAUCCUGAAGAAAUGAAUGCUAGUAUUUGUGAGGAGCAAUUCCGUGCUGUCAACCAUGCAGAGCAAACUCUGCAUAAAAUGGAGAACUACCUGAAAGAGAAAAAACUCUGUGAUGUGCUUCUCAUUGCUGGACAUCUGCGCAUCCCGGCUCAUCGGUUGGUUCUCAGCGCAGUGUCUGAUUAUUUUGCUGCCAUGUUUACUAAUGAUGUGCUUGAAGCCAAACAAGAAGAGGUCAAGAUGGAAGGAGUUGACCCCAACGCGCUUAACUCCUUGGUCCAGUACGCUUACACAGGUGUUCUUCAAUUGAAAGAAGACACUAUUGAGAAUCUGCUGGCUGCGGCUUGCCUGCUGCAGCUGACUCAAGUCAUUGAAGUUUGCUCCAAUUUUCUCAUAAAGCAGCUCCAUCCUUCAAACUGCUUGGGGAUCCGAUCCUUCGGAGAUGCCCAGGGCUGUACAGAGCUCCUGAGUGUGGCACAUAAGUACACAAUGGAGCACUUCAUCGAGGUCAUAAAGAACCAAGAAUUCCUCCUGCUGCCGGCUAAUGAAAUCUCCAAGCUUCUGUGCAGCGACGACAUUAACGUACCCGACGAAGAAACCAUUUUCCACGCUCUGAUGCAGUGGGUGGGGCAUGAUGUGCAGUCCAGGCAGCAAGAGCUCGCCACGCUGCUCUCGUACAUCAGGCUGCCCUUACUGCCGCCGCAGUUACUGGCAGAUCUAGAAAACAGCGCCAUGUUUCGCGCUGAUCUUCAGUGUCAGAAACUCCUGAUAGAAGCCAUGAAGUAUCAUCUCUUACCUGAGAGAAGGCCCAUGAUGCAGAGCCCUCGGACGAAGCCCAGAAAAUCAACUGUGGGGGCGCUUUACGCUGUGGGAGGCAUGGACUCCAUGAAAGGUACCACUACAAUCGAAAAAUACGACCUCAGGACCAAUAGCUGGCUUCAUAUUGGUACCAUGAGUGGCCGUAGGCUUCAGUUUGGAGUUGCAGUUAUUGAUAAUAAGCUCUAUGUCGUGGGGGGCAGAGACGGCUUAAAAACUUUGAACACUGUGGAAUGUUUUAAUCCAGUUGGAAAAAUCUGGACUGUGAUGCCUCCCAUGUCGACCCAUAGGCACGGCUUAGGUGUAGCCACGCUGGAAGGACCAAUGUAUGCUGUUGGCGGUCAUGACGGAUGGAGCUAUCUGAAUACCGUAGAAAGAUGGGAUCCGGAGGGGCGUCAGUGGAAUUACGUGGCCAGUAUGUCAACCCCCAGAAGCACAGUGGGUGUUGUUGCAUUAAACAACAAGCUAUACGCUAUCGGUGGGCGUGAUGGAAGUUCCUGUCUCAAAUCAAUGGAAUACUUUGACCCACACACUAACAAGUGGAGUCUCUGUGCUCCAAUGUCCAAAAGACGUGGAGGUGUGGGAGUCGCAACAUACAACGGAUUCUUAUAUGUUAUUGGAGGUCAUGAUGCCCCUGCUUCUAACCAUUGCUCCAGGCUCUCCGACUGUGUGGAACGGUAUGACCCAAAGCAUGAUUCGUGGUCCACCGUGGCGCCUCUGAGUGUCCCGCGAGACGCUGUUGCUGUGUGCGCUCUGGGCGACAAACUCUUUGUGGUCGGCGGAUAUGACGGACAUUCUUACUUGAAUACCGUUGAGUCCUAUGACGCGCAGAAAGAUGAAUGGAAACAGGAAGUCCCUGUUAACAUUGGAAGAGCUGGUGCUUGUGUUGUGUUGGUGAAGCUACCAUAGAGCCAUCUCCUCAAAGG